UACUGCAGCUCACUAGUCAGUCUACAGGUUUUUAUCAGGUCACAGGUCGUCGCUGAUUAUGAAAAUGUUCAGCUCAAGCAUCUUUUUGGUUUUAUUUCUUGCGUCGUCAGUCCCUUCCUUAGAGGCCUCCUGCGCCCCGAGUUGCGCGGGCACCGGUGUUGUCGACGGGAGCCGCGUGCCCGACCCAAACAACUGCCACUACUACUACAUCUGCCUUGACAACGGGUUAGGCCUAGAGCCCACGCCGGUGUCCUUCCCCUGUCCGGACGGCACUGACUUCAAUGCCUUAACCAGGACGUGCGCAGACCCAUCCUCGUCAAACUUCAUGUGCGACAAAUCGUGCUUCAACUGCAAAUAUUACUGCAGCGAGAAGGACAUCAUCGCUGACCCUUGGGACUGCGGGACCUACUACCGCUGCACCGAGGGCCUCCCGAGCCAGGGUCUGCCGUGCCCAGAAGAUAAGCCUUACUUCGAUGGCGACGCGUGCCAGUCGGACGCAGCGAGGUGUUGUUCCUGCAUCUCGUACUGUUCACAAGCAGAUAGGGAUCGCCUGGUGUCCGAUGUGUUCGACUGCACAAGCUACUAUUUCUGCAACAAGGUAGGCCCUGCGGAGCCCUAUUUCCACAGCACCUGUCCCAUAGGGAAUUUCGACUACGUUCAUCAGCGAUGCAGCGAGACAUACCCUUGCUUUGAACAAUGUUCAUCAAGUAGAACUAAAAAGUAAAGUUUAAGAUAAAGGCUUAUAUAUA